CUUUUUUGAUAAUAAUGCAGACGACGUGUUCGACUUUAUGUCACAAUGAACGCUAUAUGCAAAGUUUACUUACAGUGUGUUUAAGUGUUUAUAGGCAUUAUAACAAUUGCUUGAUCUUUUUCGUAAUUACAUCAGUUUACAUCAUCCAUGAUGUUCGAUCCAAGCUCGAGACUUUUGUUAAUUUUCAUGCUCAUCGUGUCUACCUUUCUUUUCUUUUUAGUAACUGGUAUUCAAGCACAAGCUCGAAAUCUUCCUCCGGAUGAAGUGAAUGCUCUUCGUGAUAUAGCUAAAGAAUUGCAAAAAAAGGACUGGGACUUUAGCUUGAACCCAUGUGAUAGAAAUCCCAAUUGGGUAACACCUUUGGAAGGUCGUGUGCCUCAGUUUGAGAACAGCGUUCUUUGUACUUGCUCUGACCUUGAUGAUGCUUGUCACAUUGUUUCCAUAUCUGUCAAGGGGCAGGAUCUUGCAGGUUUUCUUCCACCAUCCCUGGCAAAAUUACCUUCCAUCAAGUUUAUUGACUUAUCUUUUAAUUACCUGAAUGGCACCAUACCCCUGGAAUGGGCGUCAACUAAGCUGGAGAACUUGUCUGUUACGGCUAAUCGCUUGUCAGGAAGUAUUCCAACAUUUUUGGGUAGCAUAACCUCACUUCGAGAUGUGCGUCUGGAGAACAACAUGUUCUCCGGACCUGUUCCUCCUGCACUUGGAAAACUAACAAGUUUAACAACUUUGGUCCUGAGUGCUAAUAAACUCACCGGUACGCUGCCAGGGAAGCUUAAGAGUAUGACCAGUUUGAAAGAACUCCGGCUAAGUAGCAACAACUUCAGUGGGAAAAUGCCAUCCCUUGAAGGCUGGACACAACUUGAGGAACUAGAGAUUCAAGGUAGUGGUCUUGAAGGGCCAAUACCUCCAAGCAUUUCCCUCUUGAGCAAGUUGACAGAACUAGCAAUCAGUGAUUUAUUUGGAGAGGGUUCGCAAUUUCCAAAUCUAAUUAACAUGACAAGCAUGAAAAAGUUGAUGUUGAGAAGCUGUAACAUAUCCGGGACUAUUCCUGCUUAUGUUUCACGAAUGUCGCAAUUGGCGCAUCUAGAUCUCAGUUUCAACAAUCUGGAAGGUCGUAUACCAGAUCUACAAGAACUACCUCUGGAAAGAAUGUAUCUCACUGGCAACUCCUUCUCUGGUAGUGUUCCUGAUUGGCUUAAAGAAGAUUAUAAACAGAAAGUAGAUCUUUCCUACAACAACUUUAGUGAAAAUACUGUCCCGCAAAAAUGUCAUGAUUCACUGAACUUAUUCAGAAGCUACUCUGGUGGGAAGAACUUAGACCUUGCGAAGUGCCUUGGCAUAUUUCCUUGCUCCAACAAGCACCAAUCAGUUCAUAUCAAUUGUGGUGGGCCAGGAGCUACUGUUGGAAACAAGUUCUAUGAAGCAGAUCAAGAACCAGGUGGAGCUGCAAAAUUUGUUCCUUUAAUCAAACUUUGGGGAACUAGUAGCACAGGAAGUUUAUACAAUGUCAAGGGUACUUCUGACGAAUAUAUUGCAAGUAAUGUAUCUGUAGUUACUAAUGGCUCUGAACUUUACACAACGGCUCGUCUUUCUCCACUGUCUCUCACUUACUACGGGCGUUGCCUUGCAAAUGGAAACUAUACGGUGACUCUACAUUUUGCAGAGAUAUUUUUCACAGCUAAUGAAUCUUACCAGAGUCUUGGAGUACGCGCUUUUGAUAUUUAUGUCCAGGGUGAAAAUAAAUUCAAGAAUUUUGAUAUUAAGAGUGAAGCAGGAGGGGUGAAUAAGGCAGUAAACAAAACAAUAAAUAACGUGGCUGUAACUAAUAACACAUUAGAAAUUCGAUUCCAGUAUGCUGGGAAAGGUACAACGGCAGUCCCACAUAGAGGAGUGUAUGGUCCUAUGGUAUCUGCCAUUUCUAUGGAGUCUGAUUUCAAGCCUCCAAACAGCAAAAUGAAGAUAUUCAUCGUCAUUGGAACAGUGGUUACAACGUUGUGUCUCAUCCUGAUAGUUCUUGGUAUUGCAUGGCAGGGAGGCUAUAUGGGAGACCAAAUAUCAAGGGAAAAAGAACUUAGAGGAUUGGAUUUGCAGACCGGUGUAUUUACGUAUAGACAAAUCAGAGCAGCUACAGAUAACUUUUCUGCUUUGAAUAAACUUGGGGAGGGCGGUUUUGGAUCCGUCUACAAGGGUACACUCUUAGACGGUACUCUAGUCGCUGUUAAGCAAUUGUCUUCAACAUCAAGGCAAGGAAAUCGUGAGUUUGUGAAUGAAAUUGGCAUGAUAGCUGGUAUUCGGCACCCAAAUAUUGUAAGGCUACACGGGUGUUGUGUGGAAGGUGACCACCUACUGCUACUUUACGAGUACAUGGAGAAUAAUUCUCUUGCACAUGCUCUAUUCGAACAGGAUAAGUCUAAGAUGGAAAUCAAUUGGUCUACAAGGCAAAGAAUUUGUAUCGGCAUUGCAAAAGGGUUGGCAUUCCUGCACGAGGAAUCGGUGCUAAGAAUGGUUCAUAGGGAUAUCAAGGCUACAAACAUACUGCUCGACACCAAUCUUACUCCGAAAAUCUCAGACUUCGGUUUGGCCAAGCUUGAUGAAGAGCACACCCACAUUGUCACCAAAGUUGCUGGAACCUUAGGGUACAUGGCACCGGAAUAUGCGCUAUGGGGCUUAUUAACGUACAAAGCAGAUGUAUACAGUUUCGGGGUUCUUGCACUAGAAAUUGUAGCUGGAAAGAAUAAUAUGAAAUUUCGGCCAAGCGAAGAUUGUUUUUGUCUUCUUGAUUGGGCUAUUGUGUUGGAACAAAAGGGUAGCUUGAUAGAUUUGGUGGAUCCAAGAUUGGGGUCCGAUUUCAACAAAAAAGAGGCAGUGGGAAUGAUAAAAAUUGCUCUAUUAUGCACUAAUCAGUCCCCGGAUCUUCGGCCUUCAAUGUCUGAAGUUGUGAAUAUGCUCGAGGGUUGUACCAAAAUCCGGGAACCCAACAAUACAUAUGAUGAUGAUGAGUUCAGGUUUCAAGCAUUCGCAAGCAAGUUCGAAGUGAUGCAUUCCCAGGACUCUGAAGGACCAGAGACUCUAACUGAUCCAACAUCUUCUAGCUCACACGACCUCUAUUCCAUUAGUCAAAUUUCUGAAGUACGCUGAGGCGUCGUUUACCGACAUAAAUUAGGUAAACGUUAACCGAGUAAGAGUGCUGGUUCGGUAUUGGUAAACGCUAACUGAAAAUGGUUGUUUACCAAGUGUUUGGGUAAACGCUAACCGAGUCAGAAAGCAACACCAUAUCCUCACCUUUGAUGAGAUUUGAAUAAGUGUUGGACUGCGAUAAAAACACCAAGCUAGAAAAUAUUGUUUACCGAACAUUCGGCCUGUAUUAAGAAAUG